CCCGGUGAAUGUUCCAAAAGACUAGGAAAGAGCAACAAUGAACCGCCAUUAGCUCCCAAGCCGUGUAAUUGUAAUUCCCACCAGAAUUUCGGAUCCUCAUUCGUUGUUUUACUGGUCCUUGUUCUUGUUCCUCCACUCAGUCUUUCCUAUUUUCUAUUACCCAAUUGAACACAAAGCUAUUCCAUUCGUUUUGUCCAGUCCCCGACCCACUAUCUUUGAUCCUUCUCAGAAAUGUCACUGAAACUUCCCUUUCUGAAAAGUGCUUUUCCUACCCAAUUUCCUGCGCUGCUUGUCUAUGAACUUUGAAGUACAUACGUUGUGCAACAUCUAUAUAUAUAUAUAUGUGUAUGUUUGAUCCUGUAAGGAGAUAGUUUAAUAAAAAGGUGAAAGAAAGGUAAUGAUUUUUUUUUCGGUCAAGAAAAAACGGGAAUGAUGGAGAGUUAUUUGCAAGAGUUCGGGGAAGUGAAGGCAAAGCAUUCGUCUGAAGAAACGUUACAGAAAUGGAGGAACCUUUGCAGCGUUGUCAAGAACCCGAAACGAAGGUUUCGCUUCACUGCCAACAUUACCAAGCGUAGCGAGGCUGCUGCUAUGCGCCGUACCAAUCAGGAGAAAUUGAGGAUUGCUGUUUUGGUUUCUAAAGCUGCAUUUCAAUUUAUUCAAGGUGUGCAACCAAGUGACUACGUUGUACCUCAGGAAGUUACAGACGCAGGUUUUCAGAUUUGUGCUGAUGAAUUGGGAUCCAUUGUUGAAGGCCAUGAUGUAAAGAAGCUGACAUUUCAUGGUGGGGUAGCUGGUAUUGCAGAAAAACUCUCCACGUCAGUAAAAGAUGGGCUUAAUACCGAAUCCGAUUUGCAGACUCGCAGACAAGAGAUUUAUGGAAUUAACAAAUUUACAGAGAGUGAACAACGGGGCUUUUGGAUAUUUGUUUGGGAAGCCCUUCAGGAUAUGACUCUUAUGAUCCUCGGAGUAUGUGCUUUCGUGUCUUUGAUAGUUGGGAUAGCAACGGAAGGAUGGCCUAUUGGUGCCCAUGAUGGCCUUGGAAUUGUUGCAAGUAUCUUGUUGGUUGUGCUUGUCACAGCAACAAGUGAUUAUCGCCAAUCGUUACAGUUCAAGGACUUGGACAAGGAGAAAAAGAAGAUUGUCAUCCAAGUUACAAGAAAUGGAUACAGGCAGAAAAUGUCCAUUUAUGAUUUACUACCUGGUGAUAUUGUGCACCUUUCUAUUGGUGACCAAGUGCCUGCAGAUGGGCUAUUUGUUUCAGGGUUUUCUGUGUUAAUUGAUGAAUCAAGUUUAACUGGUGAGAGUGAGCCUAUAAUGGUAACUGCUGAAAACCCCUUUCUUCUUUCUGGUACCAAGGUCCAAGAUGGAUCUGGCAAGAUGAUGGUUACCACGGUUGGGAUGAGAACCCAAUGGGGUAAGUUGAUGGCAACUCUGAGUGAAGGUGGAGAUGAUGAAACACCAUUGCAGGUGAAGUUGAAUGGAGUGGCAACCAUUAUUGGGAAGAUAGGCCUUUUCUUCGCCGUUGUGACUUUUGCAGUAAUGAUGCAAGGAUUGUUUAGUCAUAAACUGUCUGAGGGGACACACUGGAGCUGGACUGGAGAUGAUGCAAGGCAAAUGUUGGAAUUCUUUGCUGUUGCAGUUACAAUUGUUGUUGUUGCUGUCCCAGAAGGGCUGCCACUGGCUGUGACAUUGAGCCUUGCCUUUGCCAUGAAGAAGAUGAUGAACGAUAAAGCACUUGUUCGUCAUCUGGCGGCUUGUGAGACUAUGGGAUCAGCCACAAAUAUUUGCAGUGACAAAACUGGGACACUCACAACCAACCGCAUGACUGUUGUAAAAUCAUGCAUUUGCAUGAAUGUCAAGGAGGUGAGCAAACCCAGUGAAGCAUCUAGCUUGUUCUCUGAUCUACCAGAGUCUGCUAAGAAACUUUUGCUGCAAUCAAUAUUUAAUAACACUGGUGGAGACGUUGUGGUUAACAAAGAGGGAAAGCAUGAGAUAUUGGGAACACCUACAGACACUGCUCUAUUGGAGUUUGGCUUGUCACUUGGUGGAAAUUUCCAAACAGAGAGACAAGCUUCUAAACUUGUUAAAGUUGAGCCAUUCAACUCAACAAAGAAACGGAUGGGGGUAAUCCUGGAGCUUCCUGAGGGAGGUCUGCGAGCACACACCAAAGGUGCCUCAGAAAUAGUUUUGGCCAGCUGCGAAAAGGUGAUCAAUACAAAUGGCGAAAUUGUUCCCCUUGAUGAAGCAUCCAUCAACCAUCUCGAAGUUACUAUUAAGCAAUUUGCUUGUGAGGCCCUUCGAACUCUAUGUCUUGCCUACGUGGAACUAGAAAAUGGGUUCUCUCCUCAGAAUCCUAUUCCUGUUUCUGGUUAUACUUGUAUAGGAAUUGUGGGAAUUAAAGAUCCUGUUCGUCCCGGUGUCAAGGAGUCCGUUGCAAUUUGCCGUUCGGCUGGUAUCACAGUAAGAAUGGUUACAGGAGACAAUAUAAAUACUGCAAAGGCUAUAGCAAGGGAAUGUGGGAUUCUCACUGAUGAUGGCAUAGCCAUUGAAGGCCCAGAGUUCAGGGAGAAGAACCAGGAAGAACUGCUUUCACUCAUUCCUAAAAUUCAGGUGAUGGCUCGAUCCUCACCUCUGGACAAGCAUACACUGGUGAAGCACUUGCGGACCACAUUCGAUGAAGUCGUUGCUGUGACCGGUGAUGGAACAAAUGAUGCCCCAGCACUUCAUGAGGCUGAUAUUGGACUAGCCAUGGGCAUUGCUGGAACUGAGGUGGCUAAAGAGAGUGCUGAUGUUCUAAUCCUGGAUGAUAAUUUCUCCACAAUUGUGACAGUGGCAAAAUGGGGACGUUCAGUUUACAUAAACAUUCAAAAAUUUGUGCAGUUCCAGCUGACAGUUAAUAUAGUUGCUUUGAUUGUUAACUUCUCCUCAGCUUGUUUAACAGGGAGUGCUCCCCUCACAGCUGUUCAGCUGUUGUGGGUCAACAUGAUCAUGGACACACUAGGAGCACUGGCACUUGCAACUGAGCCUCCAAAUGAUGACUUGAUGAAGCGUCCGCCGGUCGGAAAGAGACAGAACUUUAUCACUAAUGUAAUGUGGAGGAAUAUUUUAGGGCAGUCUUUAUAUCAGUUUACAGUGAUAUGGCUUCUUCAGGCAAAAGGAACAGCAAUGUUUGGUCUUGACGGACCAGAUGCUCAUGUGAUCCUCAACACUCUCAUUUUCAACACAUUCGUCUUUUGUCAGGUUUUUAACGAGAUAAGCUCCCGUGAGAUGGAGGAAAUAAAUGUGUUCAAGGGCAUAUUGGAUAACUACGUCUUCGUCGGAGUCCUCAGCUCUACAGUUCUGUUCCAAAUCAUAAUUGUUGAGUUCCUGGGAAAAUUUGCAAGCACAGCACCCCUCACAUUGGCACAAUGGUUCAUCACUGUAUUCGUUGGAUUUUUAGGGAUGCCAAUUGCUGUUGGUCUAAAGAAGAUUCCUGUUUGAACUACAAAAAAGUAGGGGUUGGAUUUUUCUGUUUCUUUGUUAAGGAAAACAAAAAUAUUGAGGGAGUUUAGAAGCCUAAAUUUGGAAACAGAUCUCUUAAAUUCCCCAU